CAUGGCUUCUGCUUUGGAAGAGCUACAGAAAGAUCUAGAAGAGAUAAAAGUGUUCCUGGAAAAGACCAGUAGAAAAAGAAUCCGUGAUGCCCUUACAGCUGAAAAAUCCAAGAUUGAGACCGAAAUCAAGAACAAGAUGCAGCAGAAAUCAGAAGGGAAAGCAGACACCCAUGACAGUGAAAAGCCCGCAGCUGUGGUAAAUCCCAUUACAAUGGGGUAUACAGUGAAAAUCAGCAAUUAUGGAUGGGAUCAGUCAGAUAAGUUUGUGAAAAUUUACAUCACUUUAACUGGAGUCCAUCAAGUCCCCGCUGAGAAUGUGCAGGUGCAUUUCACAGAGAGGUCAUUCGAUCUUCUGGUGAAGAACCUAAAUGGGAAGAAUUACUCAAUGAUCGUGAACAACCUUUUGAAACCUAUCUCUGUUGAAGGCAGUUCAAAAAAAGUCAAGACUGAUACAGUUCUUAUCUUGUGUAGAAAGAAAGCUGAAAACACACGGUGGGACUAUCUAACUCAGGUUGAGAAAGAAUGCAAAGAGAAAGAAAAGCCUUCCUAUGACACUGAAACAGAUCCCAGUGAGGGAUUGAUGAAUGUUCUAAAGAAAAUUUAUGAAGAUGGAGAUGAUGAUAUGAAGCGAACAAUUAAUAAAGCCUGGGUAGAAUCAAGAGAGAAGCAAGCCAAAGGAGAUACAGAAUUUUGAGACUUUUAAAGGUCCUUUUGGGAACU